AUGGACUACUCAAAUACAGAAAACUUUGGGAGUAUUACACCUGAGUUCUCCAAUUACAGUUACAACACUGAUCUUCCCUUUUUGCCUGACACUGCUCCAUGCCAGCCAGAUCUGGAUAUCAACAAGUAUGUUGUGGUUGUCAUCUCUGCCCUGCUCUUCCUGCUGAGCCUUCUGGGAAACUCCCUGGUAAUGCUGGUCAUCUUACACAGACAGGUCAGCUGCUCUGUCACUGAUGUCUAUCUGUUGAAGAUAGCUGGCCUUCCCUACCUGCUCUUUGCCCUGACCUUCCCUACUAGGGGUGCCUCCAAGGCAAAGGGUUGGAUCUAUCACACAAUCCUGUGCAAGGUGGUUUCACUCCUGAAAGAUGUCAGCUUCUACAGUGGUAUUCUGCUACUGGCUUGUAUUAACAUAGACCACUACCUGGCCAUUGUUCAUGCCACGCACACACUAACUCAGGAGUGGCAUUGGGUCAAGUUCAUAUGCUUAGGCACCUAGACUCUAUCCCUGAUCCUGUCCCUGCCCAUCUUUAUCUUUCACAGGACCAUCCAUCCACCUAAUUCUGGCCCAGUCCUCUACAAGAACCUGGAUGCCAAUACAACAAAACGGCGCAUGGUGAUGCGGGUCCUGCCCCAGACUUUUGGCUUCCUUGUGCCCAUGCUUGUCAUGCUAUACUGCUAUGGACUCACCUUACGCAUGUUGUUUCAGGCCCACAUGGGGCAGAAACGCUGGGCCAUGAGGGUCAUCUUUGCUGUUGUGCUCAUCUUCCUGCUUUGCUGGCUGCCCUACAAUCUGGUCCUGGUGGCAGACACCCUCAUGAGGCUCCAGGUCAUCAAGGAGACCUGUGAGCACCAAAGUGACAUUAUUUGGGCCACGGAUGCCACGGAGAUUCUGGGCUUCUUCCACAGCUGUCUCAAUCCCUUCAUCUAUGACUUCAUUGGCUGGAAGUUUUGCCAUGGACUCCUCAGGAUCAUGGCCAUCCAUGGCCUGAUCAGCAAGGAAUUCCUGGCCAAGGAUGGCAAGCCUUCUUUUGUUGGCUCUUCUUCAAGGAACACUUCUACUACCCUCUAA